AUGAUUUUACGCGCGUCAUCAUGCCCAUAGGUUCACAGAAAGCUCUAAAGCCAAAGCCUCCAGACAAAGGCAGUUUUCCUCUGGACCACGAUGGAGAGUGCAGGGAUCACAUGAUGAAGUUCUUGUCGUGUCUGAAGGAGAAGGGUAGUGACAACAGCCUGUGUCGAGACGAGUCCCAGAGCAUACCCCAGUGUAGACUGGAUAGAGUACUGAAUGACACAGAAGACUCCUCCGGAACUGACUAAGGAGCCCGACGAGAUUAACUUGACGAUAGCACCACAGCAUCAAUAUAAAAACGUUGAAAAAAAGUCAGAAAUAAUACACAGGCAAAUCCAUCAGGGGCAUAAAUGCAAGAAACGGUGUUAGGGUGAGUGUAAUGUCCUCUGCUGCAAACGGCGUGCUACUUGCUACCACCUCCGGGAUGCGUAGAAUGGCUCAGCGUCCCUGUCAUAAUAGCUAGCUGCAUGCUGAGGAGAGGGAGAAAGACAUUGGACCAUUAUGGCUUUUGUAGUCUAAAGUUGUUGGAAUGCACAUGCAUAGUGACACAGGUCUAUACUUGAAACCUUGCUACGCUAAUGAUUCUACACAACCAGUCUGCAGUCU